GCCAAGACUCUCUCCCUCCCCCCCCCUCCCCACCGCCGCAAGCCAUGGCCACUCCUACCCUCAUAACCCCCACCACCACCCCAAAACCCCUCCCUCUCAUCAAAUCCAAACUCGCCGCCGCUCCCGUCGCCGCCUCCGCCUCCAAUGCCGCAUUGCCGAUCUUGCGACAACCCCGCCGCCGCCGCGAAUUCCUAUCGAUUGCUUCGGUCGGUAUCCUCUCGGCCGGGCUGAUCAGCCAGGUAGCGUCCCCGGCACUUGCCGCCUCCGACGAGGAGUACGUGAAGGAAACCGAGGAGGUGAUCAACAAGGUGAGGAGCACGAUCAGCCUGGACAAGAAUGACCCCAACGUGGCCGGCGCGGUGGCCAACUUGAGAGAGACGUCCAAUUUCUGGGUGGCCAAGUACAGGAGAGAGAAGGCCCUGCUAGGGAGAGCCUCCUUCAGGGACAUAUACUCGGCCCUCAACGCCGUCUCGGGCCAUUACAUCAGCUUCGGGCCGACGGUGCCGAUCCCGGCGAAGCGGAAGGCUAGGAUCUUGGAGGAGGUGGACACGGCCGAGAAGGCACUCUUGAGGGGAAGAUAAGCUCGUACAUUCAUGUGAGGGGAGGACGUCCCCAUUUUGCAUUUCGUAUUCGAUUUUAGGCUUUGUUUUUUUUGUACUUUCUUCUUGGCUUAUAAUGAGAUGAGAAAGUCACUUU